AUGUCCCAUCUUCAAUCUGACACUUCAGGUGGACAUCUGCCAGUACAUGCCUUUUACAUACCACCACAAGCUGCCCAUGUCGCACUAGCCACUUCUUCUACCGCUCAUAAAGUAACUAUGAACACAAAGCAAAAGUUAGUCUUUGCCACUCCUACUGCCACUAGAUCAUUUAGAGUGAUCCAGACUGCUUCGAUGAUACCUACUCAUGUUCAGCAUUCGAAAGGCUACAGUUCAUUUGCUUCAACAUCCUCCUCAAUGCCGUACCCAAGCAUUGCCAUGUUACCUCCAUCCAUUAACCCUCCACCAUACGAUAGCUCGUUUGAUAAUGAUAAAUCAGCAUCGAUAUCAGAUAAUGGCAAUAAUGCACCUUGGCUAGCUCCCCUUUUGGGCGUUUCUGGUGCAAUGGGGGUCAUUAUCGUUGCAAUCAUCUUUUUUGUACGUCGCCGCAGAUACAAAUUAUCAUCCAGAUCAGUGGUACCUAACGGUCAUCGCAAUCCUCGUUAUCCCAAGCCCAUUACAGCCAACAAGCACUCAAGCUGGGCCAGCCUGAGCACAAUCAAUACCUGUGCUGGUGUUGGCGCUGGUACUGCUACUACCAUGUCGGGAGAAGAGAAGACAUCCGUUCACAUGCUACAGCCUCCUCCUGCCUACAGCAUGACAACAACAGGAAAAACACCAGUUCGACAAAAACGACUAACUGCAGAUACAUUGGUGGACAAACCUUCGCUAUCUAUGCUUAAAUUACAAUACUCUCCUCAGCUUGCAUUUAGCCCUAGUCUUGUUGCAGGUGAAUUUCAACAGCAAUUAAAUCAUCCACCUCUACCAAACACUGGGGCUCUCUCUCCUUCAAAUACAUUGAUUGAUAAUGCUGGUGUGUUGUCAAAUGAGAAGAAUCAAAACUAUUACACUUGCGAUACACAGCAACAACGUAUCAAGAUUGAAAUGUAUGAUCCUCAAGUCAAUUUAAAUGACGCUGGCAUGGACGGUGAAGAAGAUGAUGAGGAUGGGUUUGGAACCCCUUACAAUAAGAGCUAUCCUAACCUUCAGGAAGAAAAAGUCAAUGCUGCUGCUUCUGAGGGUGACAAGCAUGUUACUGCAGCAGGUGCAACAGCAGCAACGGAACAUCAGGUCAUCAACAUGAGCAACACCAGCAAGCAGUGGUGA